GGCCAAUGAGAAGCGAGAUCCGGGAGGAAGGCGUCUAAACCCGCAUGGUGGAGUCCCGCAUGAUCUAUUGGCAUCAUGUUGCGCCGGGAGGCCCGUCAGCGGCGGGAAUACCUUUUCCGCAAAGCCCAAGAGGAGAAACUCCUGGCUGUUGAGGAGAAAAAGGAAAAAAUCAAGAAAGCGCUAGAUGAGAACUGCCUCAUCCCCACAGAACUGCGGAAGGAGGCCCUCAGACUUCAGAAGGCCAUUGAAUUCGAGGAUGGCGGUGCAACAGGGGUGACUACGAAUGUGGAUGACGAGUACCGCUGGGCAGGUGUGGAGGACCCUCGCAUCAUGGUCACCACCUCGCGUGACCCCAGCUCCCGUCUCAAGAUGUUCGCUAAAGAGCUCAAGUUGAUCUUCCCGGGAGCCCAACGUAUGAACCGAGGUCGGCAUGAGGUGGGCGCCCUUGUCCGUGCCUGCAAAGCUAACGGAGUCACAGAUCUGCUGGUGGUGCAUGAGCACAGAGGGGUGCCCGAUGGGCUCAUAAUCAGUCACUUACCUUUUGGCCCCACGGCUUAUUUCACACUUUGCAACGUGGUGAUGCGCCACGACAUCCCGGACAUUGGCACCAUGUCCGAGGCCCACCCCCACCUCAUUUUUCACAACCUCACCUCCCGGAUCGGGCAGCGGGUCACCAGCAUCCUCAAAUACCUUUUCCCGGUACCCAAAGAGGAGAGCAGACGGGUUAUCACCUUUGCCAACCGAGAUGACUACAUCUCCUUUAGGCACCAUGUCUACAAGAAGACUGAUCACCGGAACGUGGAGCUCAGCGAGGUUGGGCCGAGGUUUGAGAUGAAACUGUAUAUGAUCAAACUGGGAACCCUGGAGCAGGAGAGCACGGCCGACGUGGAAUGGCGCUGGCAUCCGUACACGCACACGGCUAAGAAGCGGAAAUUCCUCAGUGUGGAAUAGUCUCGUCGUGCCACAUUUCUCUGCUGCACCUUAUCCCCUAGACGCUGGCCGCGUAUCGGGCUCUGAAGGGGACUGGAUACUUGGCAGUGGAACUCUUUCCGCCCCUCCUAGGACUGGAGACCUCCAUGGUUCCUUCAGCCAGUGGCUCCGCCUCUCUCCGUUUCCUCACGCGGAUGAUUGGACUGCCACAAAGGCCUGGCUGCUUUCUUCAGGGGAAUGUUUGCUAUCUUAGGGCUUCCCCGUUCAGCUUUUGAAUUCGGCACCUAUCAACAGGCCUGUGCUGUAACCAGCUGGAUGGCUUUCAGAACUACCAGUGGGGGGGCGGGUCAGCAUCAGUAGCAAAGAGGAUCUUCUCACAGCCCUCCCUCCGAAGUCCCUCAGGUGUGCUUCAACUUGAACAAGGGCUACAGGGGGUACUCAGAAAAGCUUUGGAGAGGGUGGUAGCUAUGGCCAUUUCCCCUUCUCUCCCACGGAUAUUCCGUCAGGGACACCACCUUUGGGAUAAUAAAAUGGA